AAGUAUAUACACCUAAUUGAUAUUCGAUUGAAUGCGAUUUUCCUGCAAUGCUGCAAGCAUAUACAUAUUCUAAUACCUACGUAAGUUUGUUCAAGUUGAUAUCAGUUUGUGUUCUUACUUAAUUGUGGUGAUUUUUUUUUUGUGUAUUGAGAUAUCGAUCAACACAUCCUUUUGAAUAAAUAGCUAAUUAGAUAGGUAGGGCAUUUCAACUUGAAAAAUCGGAUACUAGGAUAUGAUGAUAUAUUGAAACAAAAUAUUCUUGUCUAUUCGUUAAUUUGAACCGAAGAACGCUUGUGUGCAGGAUUGGUCUUGCAAGUAUUAUUAACCCCUUUAUUGCUAAUUUAUUUCAUUUCCAGAGAUUCCAAAUUUUACCUGAAAAUUGGACAUUAUUUUGGCUCCUCCGAAACGAUGAAAACGACCAUGAAAACAGUGAUUUUAAUAAUCACUUUCGUUUCUGUAAACGCUUUCUUUGUAGAUCUUCCGUCAGACGAUGGGUGCACAUGGGAAGAAAAUCCCGUCGAAAUGUUCGUUUUUAAUUUUCAAGAAAAGGCAAUCUUUCCCACCACCUCAUCGUUGCUUUAUUCAGACAAAGAUGCUGUUCUUUUCGACGCUCAGUUCAGCCUCAAGGAAGCUAAUAAAAUAGUGCGCUUCGUACAGAAUAUCAACGCAAAGCUGCGCUUAAUCAUCAUUACUUGCGGCGAUCCAGAUUAUUACUUCGGCCUGCAAGCUAUCGUUGAAGCUUUUCCAUCAGUAGAAAUUGUAGCUUCUCCUAAAGUGGCAAACUACAUUAAUCAAACCAAAGACGCCAAACUGAACUUUUGGGGUUCGAAAUUGGCACAUAAUGCGCCAAAUGAACUAUAUGUACCAAAGCCUAUUGACCGAGAUAUGUUUCAUGUUGAUAACAAGAAAGAGGUUCGGAUGAUGGAAAUGGAUUCUUAUGCAGCUUACGUGUGGAUCCCAGAGGAUAAAAUGAUUCUCGGAGGCGUUGGUAUCUAUUCGGGUAUCCAUGUGUGGACAGCUGACACCCCUACUCCUGAAAUGCGUUUGAACUGGCGCAAAGUGCUUCAAAAAAUGAUUGACCUCGAGCCUCAGGUUGUCAUUCCUGGACAUUUUAUUGGCAAACGACAGAUAUAUGAUGAUGGUGCUAUUAGAUUCACGCUCAAGUAUUUGGAAACUUUGGAAAAAAUACUAGAACAAAAUAAUUACAAGAAUUCUACGGCAGUGAUAAAUUACAUGAAAGAAAAGUUUUUGGGUCUCGGCUUGGAAAGUAAUUUAGAGCUUGGUGCCAAAGUUCUUACUGGAGAAAUGAAGCUUUAAAAAUGAAACAAAUUUAACUGAGGAGUGAGGAAUGAUAAUGGUUCAAAUGUUCAAUGUUUUGAAAUUAAAUUGUACUGUAAUUAACUUUAUCCACCCGUUAUGAUUAAAAAUGAAAAAAGAAA